AUGAGAGCGCGAGCUCCGCAGGCAGGCGGGGCAGACGGGGGCAGGGGAGGUUACAGGAUGGGGCGCGCGCGCGAGCGGGGAGUGGGACAUGGGCGCGGAGACGGGGCCGGUGCCGGAGUCGGUGGCGUCUGGAGCAGCAGGUACAGCACCGGGUGGCGCGGCUGAGAGAAAAGCAAGGUGGCGAACAGCGCUAUCGAGGCUCCGGAAAACGAAAACCGGGUCACCGGAACAAUUGAAAUUGGUGACAGCGUUGGCCGAUAUGGCAUGGGCCGUGUUGUCUGAGAGUUUGGCCCCCGUAUGCGCCCCGUGCCUUUUUCCCCCCAAUGCACAAACUGAACCAGCGAGUGAACCCCUUUUGAGUGACCCCCCCUCGAAGGAAGAGAUUGUAGAUGCUAGCGGAGGUGGUAUCGGACGUGUCGUGCAGAGUCUGGGUGGACGUUUGUUGGCGCCUCAUAUGGAUGCGAAAUAGAUUGCCAGAAGUUUUGGGAACCUUGAACACGUAGACGUGCUGGUAAAAAUUGCAGAAGUGGGGGUACCCAUCGCAGUAGGACCGGGGGGAGACCUGAAGCAUGAGAUAGCGUACGGAAAUCAUCCGAGCGCGCAAAAAUGGCACGGAGCGAUUUGGCAGAAGGUGGUGGAGGACGUAGAAGCAGGCAGGGCGGUGCUGUUCAGGAGAGGAGUUGCAGGAAAAAUUCAAGGUUUGCGCGUGUCCCCGGUCGGGGUGGUGGAGGAGAAAGAGCAACUUUGGGUGAUACACGAUCUGACUAUAUACCAGUAGCGGAAGCAACGAGGGGGAAGGGCGACCGGUGAAUGCCACCACUUUUUUUAAAGAAGUUCCGGCGUGCGGGAUGGCGACUGUAAUGAAGGAGGUAUUGGAACGGUUCCUGGGGCUGAGAGCUAGGUAUCCAAGGAGGACGAUUUUGUUGCAAAAAAUGGACGUGAAAAGCGCGUUUCGCCAAAUUCCAGAAGACCCCGCAGGGCCGCCGGCUUUCGGAUAUGUGGUAGGGGGAUUCCCGGUAGUAGACCUUCGGUUGCAGUUCGGAUGGCGGGGCAGUCCUGGGUGGUGGGGGUUGGUGGCGUCGGCGAUAGAACACGUACACCGACAGACGACGAGAGACACGGUACGGGUAACGCAUUCCGGGGUACGGGCAGCGGCACACGUAAAGAUCGCUCCGCCAACGGGGAAAGCGAUAGUGCCGAUUCCACCGCAAUGCAAGGUGCAGCCAGCGGUAGGGGGGGGGAAGAAUGAUCCGGCGUUUGUGCGGUUUUUCGUGGAUGAUGCGAUUAGCGUGGAAGUGCAGUGGGAAGACCAGGGGGAGCGGUGUCUGGAGUUGACAAAGGGGCUUGCGUCUACCUACCAUGCGUUAUUAGGGGAGAGGGAUGAGCACGAGGAGCCACCACUGCCCGCAAAGAAGAUGACAGCCUGGAGGACGGAACAUGUGGUGUUAGGGUGGUUGGUGGAUACCGAAGCAGGGACGAUGUCAUUGCCGGAACAGAAAGUGCAGGAUUUGAGAGAGAGACUAACGGAAUGACCAGAGCACAGGAAGCAGGCUACCGUGCGCGAGGUAUUGGUGCUGGCAGCAAGAUAACGGCGGCGUCGUUCAGCUUUGCCAAGCAAGUUCCGUCGAGAAGCUGGUUUUCGGAUGCGUCAACGAGAGUAUUGGGGGAGGGUUGCAUGGAAACGAGGGUGUUCUGGAGGUACGAGUUGCCGGAGGAGGUACAAGGAAGGACGAUCAGGGCGAGGCAGAAAGGAGAAGGGGACUUUAUAUGCAUAAAUGUACUAGAACUAAUGUCGAUGGUGAUGGCGGCGUAUGUGAUGGUGAUUUCGAGGGGGGAUAGGCCGGAGCGGGAAGGAGAGGCGGUGAUGAUGAGGGC